UUAAAGAUGGAGGUCGGGGACGAGUGUUUUCCUAAACAAAGGCAAGUCCUGAUUCUCUUUCUUGUGUUGGGAGUGGCUCUGGCAGGCUGGCAAUCCCAUCGCUAUUCCGUGAUGGAGGAAACAGAGAGUGGCUCAUUUGUGGCCAACCUGGCCAAGGACCUGGGGCUGGAAGUUGGGGAGCUAGCAGCGCGGGGAGCCCGCGUGGUCUCUGAGGAUAAUGAAGACCGCUUGCAGCUUGAUCUGCAGACCGGGGAAUUGAUAUUGAAUGAGAAACUGGAUCGGGAGGAGAUGUGCGGCCCCAUAGAUCCAUGUGUAAUGCAUUUCCAAGUGUUACUGAAAAAACCAUUGGGAAUAUUUCGAGCUGAGCUACUGGUGAGAGACAUAAACGAUCAUUCUCCUGAGUUUCCUGAAAGAGAAAUGACUCUGAAAAUCGCAGAGACUAGUCCUCCUGGGACCGUGUUUCCUCUGAAAAAAGCCCAGGACUUGGACGUGGGCAAAAGCAACAUCCAAAAUUACAGUAUCAGUCCCAAUUCUCAUUUCCAUGUUUCUACCCGCACCUUGGGGGAUGGCAGGAAAUACCCAGAGCUAGUACUAGACAAAGAGCUGGAUCGUGAGAAGCAGGCCGAACUCAGCUUAACCCUCACAGCGCUGGAUGGCGGCUCUCCACCCCGGUCUGGCACCGCCCAGGUUCGCAUCUUGGUCUUGGACGUCAAUGACAAUGCCCCUGAGUUUGUACAGACAAUCUACCAGGUGCAGGUUCCAGAAAACAGCCCUGUAGGUACGCUCGUAGUCAAAGUCUCUGCUAGAGAUUUAGACACUGGGACAAAUGGGGAAAUUUCAUACUCCUAUUUUUAUAGUUCCCAAGAAAUAAGCACAACUUUCGAGCUAAACAACCUUUCAGGAGAAGUUCGACUACUUAAAAAACUAGAUUUUGAGACAAUAUCUUCAUAUGAGCUGGAAAUCGAUGCAAUUGAUGGUGGGGGACUUUCUGGAAGAUGUUCUGUCUCCAUUGAGGUAGUGGAUGUUAACGAUAACUUCCCAGAACUAACUAUUUCAUCACUCACCAGCCCCAUUCCUGAAAAUUCUCUGGAGACAGAAGUGGCCCUGUUUAGAAUUCGAGACCGAGACUCAGGGGACAACGGAAGGAUGACUUGUUCCAUCCAAGAUGAUCUCCCCUUCCUCCUGAAACCAUCAGAAGAGAAUUUCUAUACCCUGGUAUCAAAUGGGGCGCUAGACAGAGAGACAAGAGCCCAGUACAACAUCACCAUCACCGUCACGGACUUGGGGACCCCCAGGCUGAAAACGCAGCACAACAUCACCGUGACGGUGUCCGACGUCAAC